CGUUUGCCGGACUGGCUUGCGGUGUGUUUGCGUUCAGUAGACAACCCGUUUGAGAAAAUUGUUUUGUGCUCAUUUAUCUAUUAUUAUUACAAAAAUUUUACAAUUCAAUUGAUUUACGGGUGGAGGGGGUAAGGUUAUAAAAAGAAUAGUGAAGAUGGAUAAUCCAGAAGAAGUUUUACAAGCACUCGAUGAGUUUUCUAAAAUGCGGCCGUCAGAGAUUCCGCGUGAGUUGGAGGAUUAUCUUUGUUUUGUUGCGAAGACAGGUGAUCCUGUUUACCAAUGGUCUUUGAUAAAACCAUUAUUCCGUGAAAAAUUAGUCAAAGUGAUGACUGAUUUCUAUGAAAAUUGUCCAGCUCUUGAUCUAGCAUCAAGUCCUAAUUUGGAGCACUUUAAUUAUGACAUAAUGAAGUGUAAUCUACUUGAACUUUUGGAAUCUUUCCCUAGUGCACCCUUUACGGUCCAAAGGAUAUGUGAAUUAUUAACGGCACCACGUAAACAAUAUAAUCGUGUCGAUAAAUUUAUGCGAGCUAUUGAAAAAAACAUACUGGUAGUAUCUACAAAAGAACCUGGACUAGCAGCUAGAAGAAAUGAGAAUGGAGAUAGUAUGAUUAAUGGAUCAAUUGAUGAAGAAACACCAAAUACAGAGUCUGCUCAUGAAGUUGAAAUGGAAUCUUGGGUUAAAGACUGCACUACAGAAUCAACAGUAUCACUUCCAUCGGUAGAGAAUGAUGUUCCUUUAGUAGAAACUGUUCUACCAUCUAAUAAAUUAUCGAAAAAUGCCAAUACUGAUGAAAAUUUGUCUGUUAUUAAUGACAAGGAUCAGUCAACAUCAUCUAGACUUGAUAUAUCAGUAUCUAAUUUUAUUGCAGCACAUGAAAUGUCAAAUUCUCCGGUUCUUUCAACGCCUCCUGUCGAGACAUCAAUACUUUGUAAUAGCAAUAUUGUAAAUGCCAAUUCGGAAGAAGUUUCAGGUAUUGUUAAUGAAGUUCCUGAAGCGAUAAUUAAUGAAGAUACAAGCUCUCAGCCGUCUUUAGAAUCAGAGAAUGAUGAAUCUGAAAAUAAUAGCGGCCGAAAAUUACAGACUACGUUCCAAUCAAAAGAUUUUGGCAAAGUGGAAGAAAAAUCUUCAAGUUAUUAUCCAGAAAUUAAUAAUGUUAAAGAAAAUUUAACGCAUAAUGAUAUAGAAGCUAAUAAAGAAGAUCAAGAAAAAAUUCAUCCGAACGAAAAAGAAAUCGAUUGUUCCGUUGAUAAUAAUUUAGAACUAGAGACUCCUGAGAAACGAGUUAAAUUAGAUAAUAAUGUAUCAGAACCAAUUGAAAAGGAAGAUAGUGAAAAUUAUUCAUCAAUAGAGUGUAAUAAUGAAGAAAGUUUAGUGGUAGAUGAAUCGAUUAAUUCAUCUACUAAGCAAUUGAAUGACGAUAUAGAUAAAAAUUGUAAUGAACCAAGUGUAUCUGAAUGUAAAGUCAAUGAUACUCAAAUAGAAAAUCCAGCAGAAAAUAUUUCCGAAAAUGUUUCUACUUCGUCAAGUGAUUCAGAGACUUUAAAAGAAUCUAAUGAAGAAAGUACUGAAGAUUUUUCUUUAUCUAGCUCAGCAGACGACAUACCGAAACCUAUAGUUGAAGAACCAGUAAUAGAACCAUUUAAUGAAAAUUCUCACGAAAAUUCUAAGUCGGAUGAACAUAGCAGUAAUGUAAUUAUUGAAGAAGCUAUGGACGACGAUACUAAAUUUAAUAAUACAUUAGUUCCGGACCCAAUUCCAAUUAUUGAAGAACCUAGAGAUGAUACAUCAACAACUACUACAGUAAUGAAUAAAAUUGAUAGUUGUCCAAAGAAUGAAGAAGAGCCCCAACUUUUAGAAGAAAAUAAUAUUGAAAAUACAAGUGGAGAAAACUUAGAAGUAAAAAAUGAUAAUUUAAAAAAUGAAAUUUCAUCUGAACAUUCAGAAACAACAAGUAUUACCCCGAUGGAAAAAGACGAACCAACGGAAUCAAUGGAUGUAGAUAAUGAAGAGGUAAUGCCAGUGUUUCAACAAGAUGAGCCGAUGGAAGAAGAAAGUGGAGAAUUGAGAAGUUAAUAAAAACAAUGAAAUUAAAUCAUGACUUAUUUUUUUAUCGCGGUUUUCAAGCCCUGACAAAUAAAAGAAAAACAAACAAUGACAAAUUUAUCAUUAAUGUUGGUUUAUGAAUAUAUAUAUAUUACAAUUAUUAAUACUAAUAAUUUACUAAUUUUUUCAAUUAAUUUACCGAUAUGUAUCCUGCAGUUUAUUGUGUUUGUGGUUAUUUCUAAAUUAUUAAUGCCUUAAUGGACUAUAAUAUUUUCAAUUAUUUCGUAUUUAUUGAUGUAAUUAUAAUGAUUUAUUAAUUUACAUUAAAAUGAAAUUUUUGUUUUUUUGGAAAAUGUUCUUGUAUUAAUCAUAUAUCAUAUCUCUGUCAAUCGUGCUACUGAAAUGGAUUAAAAUGAAUAUUGUCAGUGGCUUAAAAGUUUUUUCCAAUUUCAUAAUGAUUAAUGACACUGCCUAUAAAUGAAUGAUAUGUUUCAAGAUGUGACUUAAUUAUAUAACAUAAAUUAUACGGUUUCUGCCUCUACGAAAUUAUUCGAUUGAUGCUGUAUUGAUUUUAUGUAAUGUUCAUUGGAACAAAUUAUUUUAAUUGUAAAAAUAAUAAUUAAAAGCAAUAGAAAAAAGUUCAUACGCGAACUGAUCAAUGAAAGAAUCGACAUAUUUGAAAAACUACAUUACAGUGUAUAAUAAACAAAAAUUGGUAUUCACGGGGUACACAUUCAUUUUAAUUUCAUGAUCAAUUUUGAAACGAGCUAAAAGUAGUAAGCGUAAUGUUAUAAUUUAAGGUAGCUGUGUAUAUUAUUUUAUAGAAAAAUAUAUACAGAUUAUUAUAAAAA